CGGGUGUGCUAUCAAUAAGGUUAUGAAAAAAAAAUUGUUAUGACAGAACAUAGCGAACUUGUAAUGUGUUUUUUGGAGUAACUUUAAAAUUGAACUCUCAAAUUUCAAUUCAGUUGGCUACACCUAAGUCAUUAAUUAAUUGUUAUAAUUUAUUUCUACAUCUCGACUAAAUAAAUUUGUCGAAUUCAUAAAAAAAUCGUCAACUAUGACACCGCCAAUGGAACGGAUUCAAAUUCUAGAAUUAAUUGAAAAAGAUAUAAUUAAUUGUUUACAAAGUGCUGGUCAGGCCUUUGUAGAACUUAGUAAAGAAAAAUCAAGUUUGAAACAAGCCGAAGGUCAAACACAUCAAUUUUUAAAAUUACUGGGUACUGUUGAGUCAAAACUAAGUGAGCAAAUCAAUUAUCUUACUCAAGUGUCCACAGGGCAACCACAUGAAGGAUCAGGUUACGCGAGUCAGAAAGUUUUGCAAAUGGCUUGGCACAGACUGGAACAUGCGAGAAGCAGAGUUAAUGAAUUAGAUCGUAUUAAAAAUAAACACCUUCACGGAAGAUCCAAUAGCAGACCAGCGCAAUCGUUACCACCUGCAGCAAGUGCAUCAGUACAAAUUUCAACGUCAAAUCCUAGUUCUUAAUCUUAUUAAUGGGUAAUUUUAAUUUUGUAAAAAUAAAUAUUUUCUAAAAGUAAAUAAAUUCAAUACUAUUAUUAAUAUUAUAUAU